AUUCGCAUCUCACAUGCUUUUUCGCGCACUGUCUCGACAUGCGGGACUCGCGCCUUGCCGCCGUCUCUCCACUGCUGCCGCAGCGCGGGAGUUCCAAGUCGAGCGUCUGACGGGCGACUUGGAUGGUGUCGCGCUCUUGACAAUGUCGCGUCCUGCUGCUCGCAACGCAUUGGGAAAGCAGAUGAUGCGAGAAAUGCGCGAGGCUAUGGACUCGAUCCGGUUCGACACCAAGGUGCGUGUGGUCGUGCUCCACAGUACUGUCGAUCGUGUAUUCUGCGCUGGUGCGGAUCUGAAGGAGCGUAUUGCCAUGACACCGGAAGAAGCCGCGGCCACCGUGUUUGGCCUUCGCGCCGCCUUCACCGAAUUGGAGCAAUUGCCGAUGCCGACCAUUGCUGCCAUUGAAGGUGCUGCUCUAGGCGGUGGACUUGAAAUGGCGCUUGCUUGCGACUUCCGUAUUGCUGGCGCCAAGGCUCUGUUGGGCACGCCGGAAACGGGAUUGGCCAUCUUGCCUGGCGCCGGGGGCACCCAGCGCCUCCCUCGCCUUGUGGGGCUCUCCAAGGCGAAAGAACUCAUCUUCACGGCCCGCAAGAUCGACAGUGUAGCUGCCGAGCGCAUCGGCCUCGUGGAUUACGCCGUGGACGCGAACGCGGCCUUGGAAAAAGCGUAUGCCCUGGCCAGGGAAAUCCUGCCCAAUGGCCCCAUCGGCGUCAGAUGCGCCAAGGAAGCGAUCACCAAGGGCAUCGAAGUGGACCUCGCUAGUGGCAUGGCCAUCGAGCGCGCGUGCUACGCCCAAGUGAUUCCCACGAAAGACCGCCUCGAAGGUCUCAAAGCGUUCCAGGAGAAGCGAAAGCCUGUCUACAAAGGCGAAUAAAGUGUCGUAGACCAUAUAAUGUAGUACGAGGGCUGGACUGCAGCUACAGUAUAUUGCAGGAGGCUUGGAACUCGCUUGAAUUUGUACAUAAAUACUGUCCUAGGCAAUCAUGAUGAAACAAUGCAGUGG